AACCUAGAGACAAGUCCAGCAUCAGGAAGGUUUCAGCGCGUCGUCCGUCCAGGCCGGCGGUGGUCCGAGCACGCAUCGGCCGGGGGCCAUUCUGACAAUGCUCGGUAUCCCUGCAACCGUGUCUCGUCCAACGAUGCCCCGGGAGACCAGACCGAACUCCUGGCCAUCGCCGCCGGCAUAAUGCCUGGUAUGUCGGGGGCCUGUCAUGCGCAAGGCCCGGACAUGGAAAAGGGCGAGCUUGAUUUGGCGCAGCCAGAGGGGAGCCAUACUGCAUCGGAGAAGGCCAUGAGGAGGAUGUCGUUCGAGAGGCCCCCGCCACCGCCCCCAAAAGACGACCCCCCUCGACCGAUUACGAGUUCGACAAAGCGGCUAUCCUUCUCGACGACCGUGACUCAACGCAAGAUCAAGUAUGGCACUGGGAAACACUCGAAAACAGAACUUAGUCCUCAGCCAAACGAUGACCCGGAUGAUCCAUUGAACUGGCCGCAGUGGAAGAAGGAACUCAACUUUAUCGCUCUACUGAUGACCGUCGGCCUGGUAGGGGGAAUGAAGACGGCAUACAUGAGCGUCAAUAGUGUUCUCGCCGUCAGGUUCAGUGUUUCUUAUACAGCAGUAGCAUCUUUGACGGCCGUACCGCUUGUCAUAUCUGCCUUUACAGGUCUUUUUGGUCUGGCAGUGUCCAAGAUUUGGGGCAAGAGGCCAGUGUACUUGGCCUCAAUGGUCUCUAUCUUCAUCGGCGCUAUUUGGAACAUGCGCGCGGGUGACAGCUUUGGGGAGUGCAUGGGAGCGCGCGUCUUCCAGGGCUUCGGAUGGGGCGCGUUUGAUACACUCGUUCUUGGUUCAAUACAGGACACGUACUUUGAACAUGAACGCAGCGGUCGCAUCACGACUUACAAUCUCCUUUCAGUCACGACGACCUGGGGCGCGCCUCUGUUUGGAGGCCUUGCCUCUUUCAACGCGGGCCGAUUCACCGUUCAGUUCGACAUCAUCAACGCCUUUCAGAUCAUCGCUAUCCCGCUCCUCCUGUUCGGUGCUCCCGAAACGGCGUACGAGAGGUGGUCCAGUGGGAGCGUCGCCCAAACCCCUGCGUCUGGGGUGUCGUGGAUGCCCAAGCCUCCCAGGCCGCUCGGAAAACCAUCUGUCGAGGAAGUCAAGGCUUACCUGCGUACUAUGAAGCCAAUUUCUUUCUCCGGCACGAUGGACCUCCGCACGCUUCUUCAAGCCCCUAGAGCUUUCGUCGCGCCGACGACCUUGUUGCUCUUCGUCACUACCUUCAUACCGUACUGUGCGCUGUGGAGCCUGACGGAGUCUCUCUCGCUCCUCUUCUUCCCCAUGCCAUGGAUGCUCCAGGAGAACAGCAUCGGGUCCCUGAUGGCGGCGCCGUUCGUAUUUGCGAUACUUGCCACUGCUGGCCUCGCCUUUUAUCAGAACCGCCACGCCUAUUACUCGUUUUAUCACACCUUUUGCAUGUUGGCUGGUGGGACUGUCCUGGCUUCUAUCGGAAUUCUCGCCUUCGGCCUCAAAACUCACGCCGUAAUGUCCGAGGUGGCCGAAAAGGACCCUGCAAGCGUCUUCAAGCUGGAUGGCGUUGGUGCACAUCUCUCCUUUCCUCUUUUGUCAUUCCUGCUUGGCUUCCUGGCGGCAGGCGUAGUAAUCAUUGACGCGGCGAUCCGGUCAGUCAUCUGGCGCUCGACCCAGUUUACAUCGUCUAAUAUGAACGUGUGCCUGAGGAACGUGGCAGAUAUGGAUGCUGGUGUGACGUGUUGGAGGAACUUGUUCGCCGGCAUCUUCGUCAUGACGAUUCCCAGCGCAAUUGUCAUGUGGGCCGGCCUGAAGUCAACGGUCAUCGGGCUCGGCGUCGCUCAAAUCCUAGUCGUAAUGGCAAUCUGUUGUGCGUGGUGGCUCUAUGAUGAGCAGGUGAGGAGGAUGGACGGGCUUGUCAUGGGACUGGUUGAUUUGAGUAUGCUGAAGAGAACUGGGAGCUUCUUUGAUACGGAUUGA